CUGUCUGGUGCCUGCCAGUGCCAGGCUGGGUUUGGGGCAGAGAGGAAGCCAGACCAUGGUGAGGAAGAUGAGGCCUGUGCUGUGGACACUCUGUGCAGUCUGGGUGACUGUUGAUGCCAUCUCUGUGGAAACCCCACAGGACGUUCUUCGGGCUGCCCAGGGAAGCAGUGUCACCCUUCCAUGCACCUACCACACUACUGCUACCGACCGAGAUGGAUUUAUCCAAUGGGAUAAGCUUCUGAAGAGUCACACGGAAUCGGUGGUCAUCUGGAAAUUUUCCACCCAAAACUACCUCUACGGUGACCUUUAUGAGAACCGCGUCAACAUAUCGGGCAAUGCCGCGCACUCAGACGCCUCCAUCACCGUCAGUCAGCUGACCAUGGACGACAACGGUACCUACGAGUGCUCCGUUGUGCUGAUGUCAGACCUGGGCGGCACCUCCAAGUCACGCGUCCGCCUCUUGGUCCUCGUGCCACCCUCCAAGCCAGACUGCAGCAUCGAGGGAGAAACUGUGAUUGGGAACGACAUCCAGCUGACCUGCCAAUCAAAGGAGGGCUCCCCAGCCCCUCAGUACAGUUGGAAGAGCUACAACACGCUGAACCAGGAGCGGCCACUGACCCAACCAGUCUCAGGCCAGCCCGUCUCUCUGAAGAACAUCUCUACAGACACGUCGGGUUACUAUGUCUGCACCGCCAGCAAUGAGAUGGGAUCGAUGUCCUGCAACAUCACUGUGGCUGUCAGACUUCCCUCCAUGAACGUGGCGCUGUAUGCGGGCAUCGCGGGGGGCGUGGUGGGGGCCCUCAUCGUCAUUGGCAUCAUCGUCUACUGCUGCUGCUGCCGAGAGGACAAGGACAAGGACAGGGAGGAUGCAAGGCCGAAUCAGGCUGCCUACCAGGAGCCGGCAGAGCAGCAGAGAGAGCCUUCCAGAGGGCGGGAAGAGGAGGACAGCUACAUGCUCGAGGAGCAGAGGAGCUCCGGGCGUGAGUCCCCUGACGACGCUGGCCGGUGACCAGGCCUGCUGCAGGCUGGGGUGGAGGAAGGACUCAGGAUUCAUUCCUCUGUUUCCGGGUUCCCUUCCCCUCUCUAACCCCAUGUGUCUGCUGCUGGGGGGCUUGGCCGGUCUGGCUGAGGGGAUCCUCCUGUGACUGACCUUGUCGACCGUGCUGUCCUGUGAAGUGACCGCCACCCCACUGCCAGACCUAGUCCGCGGCUUGGCCUUCACCCCAGCCCAGGCCUCAGCCUACACUCCCCUGGAGCUCCUGGAGGUGCAGCGUGAAUGCUCCUGCUUGUCACUCUCCAGGGAGCAGUGCCAGCCUUAGAGGGCAGGAGCCUGCCCUGCUCACCUACACGCCCAGGCCCUAGGGACCAGCUGGCAGAGGGUCUGCACUCGAUAGUCUGUUGUCGAAUGGAUACGAGAAUAAAUGAGUAUGCGAAGGACUCCCUACUAUGUGUUCAACUUAAGUUCAGACUCCUUGCUUGGGGACACACAUUGGGGUCUGGUUCCCUUCACAGCCUCAUCUCCCACAACCACCCACGCAUUCCAGACAUGCCCUCACCUCGCGCCCCCAGUGCACAUGCCCUUGUGGGGCUUUUGCCCACGCACUUUCCAUCUCUGCCUGUGAAAGUCCUACCUGUCCUCCAGGCCCAUCACAAAGCACAGUGAUUUUGACAACAUCAUCCUGAUCGCCCAUGUACAUGGCAACAGUCCUGUCGCUUUGUCCCACAUCUGUUCAUGGGCCACGUGGCACUGUCAUCUGAGCAGAUGCCUCUCGCUCUGUUAGAGUAUGAGCUCCUUGGGGCAGAGCCUGGGCCUUGCUGCUCCUGCCUCCCCUGGAGCCCUCGCAGCUGAAUUUGGGAAACUAGUAAGGUUGGGCCUUCCCCUCUGUGGUCUCCCUGAUGUGACAGCAGAUACAAGGAUGGCUUCCACCCAGAGCCACUUAGUUGAGUAAGUUAAAUAUGAAUUGAUUUAAAAUGAACAUGCAUACAGGAGCUUGCUUGCAGGUGGGUCAGGGUUCUCAUGUCCUGCUGAUUCCUCUCAAGGCCAGGAUAACUGGCGAGCCCUUCCCAGUCUGCGCCAUAUGCCUGGUUCCUGAUACCUCACCCCCUGCCCAGCCCAGCCCAUUCGGCUCGGGUUUGCUGGCUGGGCCAUCUUGUGGUCAUGGCUUCCCCUGCGUGUGGAGUGUUUCUUCUGCUCUUGUGAGCUCAGCAGUGUUACGGCUGCUUAGGUCUUGUGGCCCAGUGGCUGGUCUCGCCCAAAUGCAGUUUACUAUUAAAUAAAUAUUAUUGUCUUUUCUAGAUGACCCAAAAAGCAGUUUCAGAAAUCUAUUGUCUAUUUGUGAUUUUUUAAAAAAUGUACAUUCUUAUAUAUUUUGUUUAAUUCUUUGCUUCCUUCAAAUUGCUUUCAGUAAUAAAAUUGAUGGUGGAAAUUCUA